CUUCAACUUCACAAACUUCAAUCUCUCCUCUGACUUCAACCUUCAUUCUCCUCUCUUCUUCGAUCAACCCUUCACCUUCUCAGAUUCCACUCCCCCGUAUCUCCCACAGACUUUUUAACCUGAAAGUCCCAAUCUUCACCAAUUCCGAUCUCCUCCCAUCCAUCAACUCUCCCAAUCUGGCGCCCCUCAUGUCUUACGGCGGGUACGGUUCGUCGCGAGACGGCGGCUACUCCAACGGUUACUCAGGCAGCAACGGUUACUCAAAUGGCUACGGCGGCUCGAACGGAUACUCUGGCGGCGGCGGCGGUGACAAAAUGUCCAACCUGGGCGCAGGACUGAAACAACAACAUUGGGAUCUUGCCACCAUGCCGAAAUUCGAAAAAUCAUUCUACAAGGAGGAUCCUGCCGUCACCAACAGAUCACAGCGCGAUGUCGAUGAGUUCCGCAGAGUGAAAGAAAUCACAGUUCAAGGCCGCAACGUCCCCCGCCCUGUCGAGACCUUUGAUGAGGCUGGGUUCCCGGCUUAUGUCAUGUCCGAGGUCAAGCAGCAAGGUUUCACUCAUCCAACUGCGAUCCAAUCCCAAGGAUGGCCUAUGGCUCUGUCCGGGCGUGAUGUCGUCGGUAUUGCCGAGACCGGUUCUGGAAAAACCUUGACAUACUGUCUCCCAGCUAUUGUUCACAUCAAUGCGCAACCACUUCUGGCUCCAGGCGACGGUCCCAUUGUCCUCGUCCUUGCACCUACCCGAGAACUUGCUGUCCAGAUCCAACAAGAGAUGACCAAAUUCGGCAAAUCCUCCCGCAUUCGAAACACCUGCGUCUACGGCGGUGUUCCCAAAGGUGGCCAGAUCCGUGACCUCAGCCGAGGUGUUGAAGUGUGCAUUGCUACUCCUGGUCGUCUCAUCGAUAUGCUUGAAUCUGGCAAGACCAAUCUUCGUCGCGUCACCUACUUGGUUCUUGACGAGGCUGAUCGAAUGCUUGACAUGGGUUUCGAGCCUCAGAUCCGGAAAAUCAUUGGUCAAAUUCGUCCCGAUCGUCAAACCUGUAUGUGGUCUGCUACCUGGCCCAAAGACGUCCGCCAACUGGCCUCUGAUUACUUGAACGACUUCAUCCAAGUCAACAUUGGUUCCAUGGAUCUGUCUGCCAAUCGUCGCAUCACUCAAAUCGUCGAAGUUGUUUCCGAAUUCGAAAAACGCGACCGCCUAGUCAAACACAUGGAACAAGUCAUGGAGGACCGAAACAACAAAGUCUUGAUCUUCACAGGUACCAAGCGUGUCGCUGACGACAUUACGCGUUUCUUGCGUCAAGAUGGCUGGCCAGCGCUCUCAAUUCAUGGUGACAAGCAACAAAACGAACGUGACUGGGUUCUUAACGAAUUCAAGACUGGCAAGAGCCCAAUCAUGGUUGCUACGGAUGUCGCAUCCCGUGGUAUUGGUAUGAAAAACGAAACCCCCUCCCCCUUCUUUUCACUUUUGCAUUUCUUAUCUUGCAUUUCUUACCAUUGCCGUCGUGUGACAUGGUGCUCGCUCUCUUGCUCGUUACGCUUGUGCAACAGGCGUAACUUGUCCAGGCUUUUGUGUUCUCUUAGGUCCUUUUCCUAGAAAUCUUGGAUCUCCUUGCAGUUUGCCAGGACUCAGCUUUUUGACUUCCACAUCUGCUCCGUCUGGAACGAGUAGGUUGUGGAACAUCUUCGUGACCAUGUCAAGCUGCAAAUCCAGGGUUUCUUAUCCUAAGGACCGUAGACGAUCGCCGACAUACCAGGACAUGGACAUUGAUCAUCCACGAGGAUAAUGCUCCGAGCUUGACGAGAGUGAUGUGCAUCUCCGGCUCACACGACCACACAUGGUCCCCAACGCCUCGUAAGAAUACCAUUGGCUGAGUUGCUAACCUAUACUUGAAGAUGUGCGAGACAUUACUCAUGUGAUCAACUAUGACUAUCCCAACAACUCUGAAGAUUAUGUCCACCGUAUUGGACGAACAGGUCGAGCAGGACGACUGGGUACCGCAAUCACCCUUUUCACCACCGACAAUGCCAAGCAAGCUCGCGACUUGCUAAGUAUCUUGCAGGAAGCCAAGCAGAACAUCGAUCCUCGUCUCGCAGAAAUGGGACGUUACUCCGGCGGUGGCGGUGGUGGCCGCGGCUAUGGUCGUGGAGGUCAUCGUGGCGGAGGUCGUGGUGGUGGCUAUACCGCUUCCAACGCUGCACCCCUCGGUCGCAGCCGGUGGUAAAGAUCGCUGCCUUCGUGAUGGCGAACACCACACCAGGGGUGACCGGAUUUUUGCCUUGCAUUACGACGUUUCUUCACGCAAAUCGUUCGUCACAUGGAGAUAUCCGAUAGACUUGUUGAUAUCCGUAUUGGGGUUUAGGCGUCAUGGUUAUUGGAAGAUGGGCAGAUCGUGCCUCCGUGCUGGUGUAACUGCUUUCAUUUCGCUGAAAGAGCACGAGUUAUGGGUCUGGCAACUUUGCGCAGCUGGGUUGAUAUUGAGGUUGUGAUCGGAAAACGAUAGACAGCGUUUUAUGAUGAAGCCUAGAUGCUGGUUGUGGUGUUAUAGCAUAUCACUGCACCAGCACACAAGCAUGAGCAUUAUGUGCAAGAGAAUAGAGAUAGAAAUUGCUCUGCAUCACUGUGUACAUCAAUCAAACUUCCGAUCAAUGAG